UCAAUCAUUGAGGUCUGGGGUAACCGUCUAUAUAAGCGUGGGGUUUUAAUGAACUUGCAUCAUUCUGUCUACCAACAGACGAACGAAGGAAUAUCCUACAAGACGCUGAAGUAAAGACUUUACAAGAUGACCUCUAGACUUAUCUUUACGCUGCUUUUGGUUGGUUUUGCUUGUCUGUGCUCUGGCGCUGAUAUCCGUAAGAUGCUGGAAGAGCUUCUUAGUGGAGACGCAACAAAGAAUGACAGACCUCUACCUCCAGGCCUACCCAGACCUCCUGCAAGUUUCCGAAGACCACCCAUGCCUCCAGCAAACAAGUGCGUUAUGGACGAGAAGACGUACGAAUUCGGUGAGAGAUGGGUUGAUAAACGAUGCACUGCUCGAUGCAGAUGCCGUAGGUAUGGAGUAGCAUGCGUUUCUCUAUGUCCACCUUCAUGGGUCAAGUGUGMCCCUGGCGAAGUAGAAUCGACAGAACAAGUACCUGCCGACAGAGAGGGUAGAUGCUUCUGCAGAAUGCCUGUUUGUGUGAAGAAAGUUGAAGACGAGUCAAAGAAUGAGAACCCCCCUGCAAACAAGUGCGUUAUGGAUGGGAAGAAGUACGAAAACGGUGAGAGAUGGGUUGAUGAAAGAUGCACUGCUCGAUGCAGUUGCCUUAAUGGAGCAGUGGGAUGCGUUGACCUCUGUCCACCCGUCUACGUCAAGUGUGGUCCUGGUGAAGUAAAAUCAACAAAACAAGUACCUGCCGAUAAAGAGGGAAGAUGCUUCUGCAGAGUACCUGUUUGUGUAAAGAAAGUAGAAGACGAGUCAAAGAAUGAGAACCCCCCUGCAAGUUUCCAAAGACAAUCCAUUUCUUUACCAAACAAGUGCGUUAUGGAUGGGAAGACGUACGAAAACGGUGAGAGAUGGGUUGAUGAAAGAUGCACUGCUCGAUGCAGUUGUCUUAAUGGAGCAGUGGGAUGCGUUGAUCUCUGUCCACCCGUCUACGUCAAGUGUGGCCCUGGUGAAGUAGAAUCGACAAAACAAGUACCUGCUGGUAAAGAGGGAAGAUGCUUCUGCAGAGUACCUGUUUGUGUGAAGAAAGGUGACGUAGAAUAAAGAAAAGAAGGUUCAAGAAAUAUAUUAAACRAGAAAGAAAGAUUUCAGGUGAAAAAAAGAAUAUGAAUAAUAAUGUUAUACCGUUAAUUAUGCAUUUCAACGAUUUAUAGCCUUCAGUUUAUGUACUGAUGGAAAAAUGAAUGCAGCGGUUUUGAUGAAAAAUAUAUUGAAUAAAACGAUUUAAAUGUUGAAUUGCCCAACUACGUCAGAUACCAGCUGUAACAAACCACGUAAAACAAUAAARAUUUUGCACUUCA